ACUUCAGACUUAGCAGUAUUUUAUCAUGGGACGGAAAAAGAAGACUCUUCAUGAUUACGCUGCAGAAUUCACAGAUCUUGCAGUUAAAAGGCACUUAAUUGAACAUAAGGAUUCUGGGGAAACAUCUGUGGUGGAAACGUUGUACUGUAAGUCUUGCGAGUUGCCCAUGCGGGUCAGAAGAGAUCGAAUCUUGGAGCACUUGGCUUCUGGCAGGCACUACAGAAAUCGCAGGCUUAUAAAACAACAAGGGGGCAGGGGACCCCUUCUUUUAUCUACAGGCCUUGGAGGGCACAUCCCUAUGGCACUGGACUCAUCUAUGCUUUCUCAGCCUUCGUUUAUUAUACCAACCAAUCACAACAGCACUUGCAUUGCAACAAGCACCAACUCCAACAUGGCACAUUCUCCACCAUCGUUCCAUCAUCCGCCUCUCCUCUCGGGUCACCCGAAUGCCAUUAGCUCCACCACCAGUGUUAUUUUGGGAAGAGAAGACCAAAUCCCAUCUACCUCCUCCACUCUUCCGUCAUUGUAUGGUGCCGUCCAUAUGCAAAAUCUAUCCGCUUCCUCAAGGCACACAAACCACAGGCACGUUAUAUCAGAGGCUUCCAAUAGUGUUGCCACUGGAGGCCUAAACAGUAGAAAGAGCUCCCAUGAAAGCACCAUUGGCCUUGCAGUGAUCGGCGUUGCCCAUGCCAGUAGAGCCCUUCUGCAGAUCCUGACAGAGGAGAAAGGGUGCUGCUUGCAUUAUAUUGUGGAAGAUCAGGUGUCUGAAGUGGAGAGAGCAUUUAGCAAUGAGUUAUUAGCAAAGACAAGGGUUCUGCAAGAGCAAGAUGUGGACAUUGUUCUCAUGGACCAGAGAGUACUAGGAGUUGUCAUUUGUUUACCACCUGAAGAAGCAGCCGUGACGGCACUUGAGACCGUACGAGCUGGUAAAGCUGUUCUGUGCGAGAAGCUCUUGAGCACAAAUCGGCAAACUGUUGAAGUUUGCUUUGAUGAAGCAGACAGAUAUGGAAGACCUCUGGUGUGCGGCUUUUAUAAGCGUUUUGACCCAGCCUUGAAGUUCCUGUAUAAGAAGGUCCAUGAGAGCACCGCACUUGGAAGGAUUCAGAGGAUGUCGACCGUGAGCCGAGUGUAUCCCGCUGCUUCUCUAAGUCAGAUGAAACUGUCGGGGGGGAUUUUUUAUAAUGCGGCCUUAUUGGACAUUGAUAUUGUCGGCUGGCUACUUGGUGACGGUGUCCCUGAUACGAUAUUCUCAUUGGGUCAUGCUUUCUGUCCAGACAUGGCCGCCAUGAAGGACGCAGACACCGUUACCAUCAACAUGAAGUUUUCAAGUGGAACCAUUGUCACUCUGGAUAUCAGUCAGCACUGCACCAGAAGCUGCGACCAGAGAGUGGAGUUGCAUGGUUCUCAGGGAUCGUUGCGUGUGGACAAUCAGAACCCUCUGGGAAUCAUCGAGAACAGCACUUCAUUCCCAUCACAUUCCCAAACGCAGGACGAUCGGUACAGGGAAGCGCACACGCAGCUCCUUCGCCAUUUUCUUCGAACCAUCAAAGGCAAAGAGCAGCCGAUGGUCACCAAGGAGCAGUAUGUUUGUGCCAUUCAGGUAGCGGCAGCAGCAGAGCAGUCCUGGAAAAACGGCUCCGCAGUGGAUUUGCGCAACGAGGCGGUAGAUGUUUCAGUAAUCAAGACCGAGAUGAUAUAAAUCGGUAGCCGCGUUAACGAAGAGGCUCAUGUUUCUUGGCAUUCCUCCCUAUUGAUCUCUGAUCGAUGUGUCUUGCACUUGUUUCGCAGAUCAUGUUGCCUAAGCGGUGUUAAAAUUGGCCCUGCGGAUUCCCCAAAUCUUAAGAUGUAGCGGCUCGCUGAAGAGGUCAAAAUGUUCAGCGCUGCUACAUCAAGACUGAAAAGAAAAGUAGAAAAGAUAAGUGUCUUCCCUCUCCUGGUUCUAGUCUCUGGAAAUGUUCUGAUUAGGAAGCUUAUUCUUUAAACUGGAAAAGUAUUGGCGAACCUUUCUGUGCACGAGCCCAAAUGGAGAAGCUGCCCGAUCCACCCCAAAACAUAUUGUGGAAGAAAGGAGAAAGAAUAGUCUUUUCUUCCUCUACCUGUAAGUCUCCACCUUCACUCCAUCCGGAGAUACAAGUAAUAUUAUAGAUGAGAUCCAUGAAGUAAUUGUAAGUGUGGCACGGUGUAGAGAUAGACGGGUCUGUGAAUUAAACCUCCGGUGGGUUGCUCACCUUUCUUGUGCUGAGAUGGUUAACGGUGGCCUGUAUUUUAAUACUGUUUGAACUUUGUGUUACAGGAAGGAAAAUGAAAAUGUUUCCUCCAGGUAACUGGUUCUCCAUUAACUAAACUUAUUUUUUGAUACUGGAAAUAAUAAAGAAUAAUACUUUUUUAAUAAUAUUUAUAUGUACCGGAAGCUUGCAUUAUACUAUGCAUUUAAUAGACCAAAAAUGUAAUCAGUACCUGCUUGUUUCAGGUUAAUACUGUAUUUUCCCUGCUGUCAUUCGCUUUAAACUUGGGUUAUGUGCAAA